UUGUGAGGAGUCGGUGAUGCGUAGGGCAGUUGUUGCCACAAACUGUGAUGCUGCCCAGAAGCAUGCCUUUGAUGGCGCAGUGAUAGAAGUCCACCAAAAUCUGAGGUAGACUCCUCGAAGAAGAGACGCCGACGCGUUUGUGAGGACGCACUUUCCCCUUCACGCAUGCGCUCUCGAUCGCCUCGACACGCGCCGCCGUUGACGACAGAGUAGAACUGUCGCUCAUGGUUGUGAACGGCGCCUUUACCGUCACCUGGAUGUCCAAGGAGGAUACUCCGUAUCGGCCGUACGGAUUAGCCUUUCCAGCAUUUUACCGGUUCGGUGACCCCUGACCCCCAGUGAUGACGACGAUGGCUGCUCUCUGUCAACAUCCUCCUCGGCCCCAGAGGUCCUCUGGCUGCAGUGGGAACCCUUUUGGACGAUGAUCACUCCUUCUCCACCCAGCCAAUCAGAUGCUGGGAUACCCGUGAUGGGCAGCGUCUCUCGGGCCAAUGACGGGCAGGAAUUCCAGGAGGUUGGCGUGGACAGCCCAACAUCCCUCCCCCCUCCUCCUCCUCCCCCUCCUCCUCCUCCCCCUCCUCCCCCUCCACCCCCACCCCCUCCUCCCCCUCCACCCCCACCCAUGCCUGGGCAGAAGGGCGACCCCUCCACAGGACAGAAGAAGAGGAGGGUGAGGAGUUUCCUCUGGAAGACCAUCCCCGCGGAGAAGGUGAGGGGCGGAGCUAACCUCUGGAGCCAGGGGCAGGGCCAGCAGCACGAGAUGGACAUCAGCACCAUCCACGAGCUGUUUGGUCAGAAGGACCGCCCGUCGACGCCGGGCUCCGCCCUGAAUAGGGCGGGGCCAGGACGCACCUCAUGCAGAGAGCCAAAGGAGGAGGUGUCUAUUUUGAACGCUAAACGAGGGAUGAAUGUCGCCAUUUUCCUCAAACAAUUUAAAAGGUCCAACCACAGCAUGGUAGAGGACAUUCGCCAUGGCAACAGUGCAAUGUUUGGGGCGGAGCCAUUGAGGGAACUUCUUAAAUUACUACCAGAGACUGAAGAGGUGAAGAAGCUGAGGUCGUAUCAUGGAGAAAUCUCUAAGCUUUCAUUGCCUGACUCCUUCCUCUACCAGUUGGUACAGCUCUCCAGUUAUCCAGUGCGUAUCGAGGCCAUGCUAUUGAAGGAAGAGUUCCCUCCAACAUCUCAGAGCAUUAAACAAGACGUCCGGACCUUGCGUACCGCUACAAGAGAGUUGCUGGUUUGUGAGGAGCUCCAUGCUAUUCUCCACCUCGUGCUGCAGGCGGGAAACCUUCUCAACACUGGUGGUUUUGCAGGUAAUGCUGUGGGAUUCAGGUUAUCAUCUCUCCUCUCCCUGGCGGAGACCAAAUCCAACACACCUAGAGUUCACCUGCUCCACUUUGUAGCUCUGGAAGCUCAGAAGAAAGACCAGGCGCUGCUGAAGUUUCCAGAAAAACUCGAACACGUCCAGGCAGCAGCUAGGAUCUCCGUGGAGCUGCUGGAUGCUGAGCUCUUCUCCCUGACGUCUCGCACGCGCCUAGUAGAGCAGACCGCCCAGACAGACUCUGAGCUGCUGCAGCAGCUAGACGACUUCCUGCAGAGCGCUGCGCUGUGUGUCGGCUCGCUGUGUGCCAGCAGACAGGAUCUGCAGAAGGAGAGUUCAGAGGUCAUGCAGUUCUUCUGCGAGGACAGAGAAACGUUCCGACUGGAUGACAUCUUCCAAACCUUCCACCUCUUCUGCUCGAAGUUCACCACUGCAGUGCAGGAGAACUUUGAGCGGCAGUCCAAGGAGACGGCUCGACUCCAUCAGCUACGGGAGCUGGAGGAGCAGAAGAGACACUCCUGGUCUGGGGGAGAGGAGGUGGGCGGGCUCCCCAGGAAGCGCUUCGGCAGUGAGACGGACGUGGGCGCCGGCAAAUCGCGGGGCAGCGAGGCGGGGCUUCUGAUGGAGCUGCUGACCCGCCAACCAUCCCAGAACCCCCUGGGGCGGUCCCGGAGCCUGCGGCGCUCGCGCGCCUCCCCGUCGGGCUCCCGGUCUCCCACCGGCCCGCGCGACCUGAGCGCGCUCCAGGGGAUGGCGACCCUUGACCCCCAGGUCCCCGCGGGGUCACCCAGCGCCGCCGGCCCCUCAGCCCGGCCCCUCCCCCCCUCCUCCCCACCCUCCGGUUCAAACCGGGCGGAGCCGCUCGGCGCCGGCGCCUCAUCGGCCCGACCGGAAGCUACCUCCGACCCCGCCCGCCUUCCUCCCCCCCACCCUCCCCCUCCGGCUGCGCCCUCCGGAGACCCUCGCCCCCACGGGGAGCAGGGGGCAGCCGGAGGGGGGGCCGGUGGGGCUGAAGGGGAUCAGAGAGGGGGGGGUUCUGAGGGGGAGGGGUGGCCCCCCGGCGCGGCCUCUCCCAGCUCCAGACGCGCUCCGGUCCCUGAGGCCCCGGCCUGCCGCCAGCAGCGCGGGCAUCAGCGGGACGACCUGCCUCGGGGUCGUCGCCAUGACGACCGCGGCGGUGACCCUGCGGCGGGGCUCGAGGAAGAGGAGCUUCCUUCGUCCCAGAGGCGGGUCGCUCCUGGGAAGGACGAGCGCCCAAACGCUCACGUGUGCUCGGAUGACGAGCCCACGGACACGGAGAACACGCGUGCACACAAUGUUCAGGAGCAAGCCGCUCUGCCGUCCGCAGCCAAUCAGCAGCUCGGACCUCUGCCCGUUCAUAGCCAACCAGUGCCUGUCUCAGCCGAUGAAAGGUCACCUCCCGCACCGCUGACCAAUCAGCAACCGGCGCAGCCUGUUUCCGCCAACGGAAUGCCUGCUCUCACCACGAACGCCUCUGAAACGGCCCCACCCCCAUCCAAUCAGAACCCUGCAGCACCCUCUUCCACCAAUGACCCGGAGGAUUCCAAGAGCCCCGUAUCGGGUUCAACCAAUAGAAAGAAGGAGUCUGCUGUCGGAAGAGUGUCCAAACCCUCCUCCCCCACCCACACUCCUGGGUCCAGAGGCAGACCUCCAGGCGCCCGGACCUCCAGCGCCUCCACCCUGCAGCCUCCAGCUCGGUCCCAGACCCAGCCAGAGGCCGAGGCCAUGAGGAGGGUGGUCCCCCUCGCCAGGCCCAGCCGAGGGGCCUCGUCCCUGGGGAGACACGUGGAGACGGCCCCCGGUCAGCACCAGGGCACCAGGUCCAAGCCUGCGCCUUCGACCCAGGGCCUCGCACGCUCCCUGAAGGAGCAUCCCUCCGCAGGCCCCCCCAGCCCUCACCCCCAGAACCCCGGGAGGCCCCGGGACGACAGGGGCCCCGCGGCUUCGGGGGUCGAGGGAUCUGCUGGAGGCCCGGUCCAGUCCGCUCCGAGGCGGACGUGGUCCGUCAGAAAGCCGGUGGUCCGACCUCCACCGGAGGAGAAGAUAUGUCGCGCUACCCUGAGGGCUCUGGCUCAGGCUGAGCUCGCAGCAGCAGGAGGAGGAGGAGGAGGGGGAGGAGGAGGAGGAGGAGGAGGAGGAGGAGGAGGAGGAGGAGGAGGAGGAGGAGGAGGAAACACCAGCACUCCUGUGACCCCGUCACACAAUGUCUCACCUUCCUCCACGCUUCCUAGUUUUAGCAGGAGCACCGCCUCCUCCUCUUUCAGACGGACAAAGGCCACUCCUCCCCCUUCCCCCUCCGUCCCCCUGGCCUCCCCCCAGACCUCCUCUAGCUCCUCCCCCUUCACCAGGACCUCCUCACUCAGAGUCUCCGGCUCCUCCCGGCGGAAGGAGGGCGAGCACCCCUCCUCCUCUAGCCCCGCCCCCUCCCGCGUGACCUCCUCUAGCCCCUCCCCCUUCUCCAGGACCUCCUCACUCAGAGUCCCGGGCUCCUCACGGGGUAAGGAGGGCGCGCACCCCUCCUCCUCUCACUCCUCCCCCCUCAGGGCGAGCCUCAGGGCUCCUCAUCGAGCUCCUCCCCGACGCUCGCUCACUCCUUCACUUCCUCGAGGCUCCUCCUCCUCCUCCUCCCAGCCCAAACCCCAGUGGAAGUGAGAAAGAGAGGAAGAGAGGGAAAAAGUGUGUCAAAAUAUUAAUGUCAUUGCCCCCCCCCCCCCCAACACCCACCCUCUACUCUUAGAUGAUCGGGAUAUUAGUGUGAAUUUCAUCGUCAAUCCGGAUCUAGCAAGGAAACUGAUGUUGCAGUGUUUUUUAUUGUACACAUUGUCAUUGUUCAGGUUCAUGAUUAUCAGAGGCCUUAUUAUCAGCCAUGUCGUGUAGAUGUUGUGGCACUCCUGCAAUCCAAACUCAUUAAGUCUGCACUGAAACCACACCCUUCAAGAACCUUCUCCAGCUUUAGGAGUAUAUGAAGUAGCUAGAUACUGCUGUCCUACAGACACAGGGGUCAACAGAUAGCCUCAACUCAGGGUACGUAGCCUUCGAUGACCCAAAUACUUAAUGGAUAUUACACACACACACACACACACACAUACACGUUUUGAUAUCAAGGUUUUAUAUCAAAGGCUGAGGUACAAUUCAGUCGAUGUUCUAGUAUGUUCCGGCGCGCUGAAGAAAAGCUGUUGUUCUCUGUCCAAAUGAAGUUGAACCCUUACACUUUUGUCUUCAGUUUCAACCUUUUUAUUUGGUUACUGGAUAUAUCCUCCAUUCUGCCUCAUACCUUAAAGCUUAAACCUCCAGUAUUUGUUUGCUGUACUUUGGGCUUUGAACUUCAGGUUUUCAAUGGGCAUUCCUUUCUACGGUAACACAGAAGUAAUACUAACAGUAAUGAAUAGUGCUACUAGUAUGAUAAGUUAUACUAAUGACAAAGGAAAGUUAUUUUCCAGUUCUGGUUGAAAAGGCAAACUAGGAGUUUCUAAGCGGGCGUUGUUGGUAAUCAUGAAAUUAAAGCAUUUCAACUUCUCAACAUCUCUCACUAAAUAUCAAGAAUGAAACACAUGAUUUUAUUUAAAAUUAUUCAAAGAUUGUAAUCAAUACCAUUGAUUCAUAGUGUUGGCACUCGUGGUGAUGGCAGAGAUAGUGGUUUUUAGGUUGCCGUGGAGAUGGAAACUCCAUGUGCUGAAUCAAUGUAAAUGUGUGAUUUAGAACAAUAUUAUUUAUUUAUUGUUAUCCAUCAAAAUGACUAUCCAGCAAUAUGUGUUGCUGUGCUUACCUACAGUCACAUAAUUCCCUCUAAACAAGGACAAGGGAGAGACGUUCACUGGACACUAUUUAUCUAAAUGAAUCAUUUCAUUCGAUUCUGUAUUUGUGGAGAUACUAGUUUAGUCUUUCCGUAUAGGAUAUGGAUAUUUGAUUAUGGAGUUGAGCUACAGUCACAGCUGUUUAUGCAUGUGUACUUCCCUGAUUACAAAUACUAAUUUAUGAUUUCAUUAUUUAUAAUGAUAAAAAGAGAUUCUACUGGCCUUAUAACUUUCAGGAAAUAUGUUAAAAUCGAACUUAGUCCACACAAGUGUGUGUGUGUGCGUGUGUGUGCGUGUGCAUGUUCGUGUAAUUGUGUAUGUGUGUACUUCCUGUUCGAUACGUAAUAUGUAUGAAAUAAAUUGCUAUUUGCUCAUGC